AAAAAAAAACUAGUGACAGAUAAAAUGAGACGAAAGUAACAUGUGAAUGUAAAUUUGAACAGAUGGUGUAGAAACAAAAAAGUACUAUACCAAGGAUUUUUUAUUUUUUUUUGGAUAUAAGUAAGAGUCAUUAGAGAGAAUUGCAAUCCACCAAGAAAAUAAUAAUAUUUCAACAAAAUUCAAGAAUGGAGAUAACAUGUGCACUUGUCUGUGAAAUUAUAAUAGCAAUCUUGCUUCCUCCUCUUGGUGUUUGUCUUAGAAAUGGUUGCUGCACGGUUGAGUUCUUGAUUUGCGUGGUGUUGACGAUACUGGGCUAUGUUCCUGGAAUCAUCUAUGCUCUCUAUGCAAUCCUCUGUGUUGAACGUGAACCACGAGCGGAUUAUUACGACACUCUUGCUUGAUCUUUGUGGAAUGUACCGUUUCAGAUUGUGUGUUUGUUCUCUUGUUUUGCUUGUAAUCUAAACCUAUGUUGCUCGGACUCUUCAAAGAUGUUGAAGCGGCUGUGUCAGAUCGGUGGAUCUGACACGCACCUGGGAUCUGACACGCACCUCUGAAGGUCCUUUUGACUCCGACUAUGGAUGUAAUGUAAUGUAAUCUAUGUCUCUUGUUCUGAUGAUCAACUGUUGCAGUUUAAUGUUAUGGAUUGAUAAUUUUAGCCUUUUGUUA